CGGCGGCACAGCCCGCGCUCCUGCCGGCUCGGCUCCCGGGAAAUGCCGCAGGGGCAGCGUGCGCGGGUCCCGGCCGAAAUGCCCACCCUUCCAAGAUGGCGGCUCCCGUAGAGACACUCCCGAGGGGACAGCCAUGUUAGUUGCCUGACAAAGUCACCAAAGAACAUUUGAAAGCCCGCCUCUCCUCCGCCACGCACACGCGCCAACCCCGCGCGAAUGCACCCUGUGGGACUGCGGGCGGCCGGCAGACACUGAGCAUGUGCGCGGUGAGGUCCAGACACGGAAGAGUCCCUCCCACGUAGUUUCAACACUUAGGGUUCCUGGACUGAGUUUAACAGGCGGCAUAGUUGGGCCAGUAAAGCACUGAUAUGAUUCUAGGGGUGUGAUGACAUGGAUUUCGCACUCAAUGAUGGUACCUUGUAGGGUGAGUGAUGAGGCUUCUCAGAGAUCCCCAAGUAGGAGGAGCGUGCAGUGAGUGGCAGAGUUGUGGGGUCCAAUAAUGUUGUAAUAGUCUUUGGAUCUAGUAAUAGAGUAUCCAGCACAGAGAGCUGCCCCCUUGAUGCCCCCAGGAAGGAUUUGUGGGGGUGAGUGCUGAAUGACUGACCACAUGGACACUGGCUUUCCAGGGUUUCUUGGAGUCUCUGCGGAGUGCCUGGGCCAGACCCCAUAGUAGAGGCUAUAGGACCUACCUUGCAGCCCCAGCAGCUGAUUUGAGUCCACAGGUGCACCCUUGACUUCAGGCUCCCAGAGAGAGCAGAGUCAUCAUCAAGAGAGCCUGGGAGUUGAGGCCCAGCAGGAACAUGUCAGCUAACCGGAGUGCUCCCCAGUGGUCCUCGGUCCUGGCUGCAGAGGGACAUGGCAGCUCGUGUGAGAUCUCCAUGUCAUUCGAGGAUGUGACCGUGGACUUCAGCAGAGAGGAGUGGCAGCACCUGGACUCUGCUCAGAGACGACUGUACCGGGAUGUGACACUGGAGAAUUACAGCCAUUUGUGCUCAGUGGGGUACCAGGUUCCCAAACCAGAGGUCAUCUUCAAGUUGGAACAAGGAGAGGAGCCAUGGAUUUUGGAGACAAAAACCCCACAUCAGAGCUGUUUGGAUGAGGAUGUUGGGGAAAUGCAACAACAGAGAAUUCCUGGAAAAGUUUUGUUCCACUGUGAGAAAUUUGGUCAAUCCAUAGGAAAAAAUCCAUUAUGUUCCAUUUUAGAAGAAUUGUGGCAAAAUAAUAACCAGCUAGAGAGAUCUCAAGAAAGCCAAAACAACCCUUUAAGUCAUGUGAGAGUACUGAUUAAGGAGAGGGGCUAUGAAUAUAAAAAUAUUGAAAAAAUAAUUCAUGUGAGUACCAAGGUUGUUCCUUCAAUUAAAAGACUCCAUAACUAUGACACAUUUGGAAAGAGUCUGAAGCAUACUUUAAACUUACAUAAUCACAAUAAAAGCAGUGUAACAAAGAAGCUUGAUAAGAUUUUUGGAAAUGAUAAUCUUGCCCAUAGCUCUUCCUCUACUGAGAAUGCUAAUAUAGGAGCAAAUUCCUGUGAAAUUAAUCAAUGUGAAAAACAUCUUGGCAACAAACAAGUUCUCAUCCACCAUCAGAAAAUUCAGACUGGGGAGCAACUGUAUGUAUGUACUGAGUGUGUAAAAAGCUUCCCCCAGAAGUCACAUCUCUUUGAGCAUCAGAGAAUUCAUGCUGAGGAAAAAUCCCAUGAUUGCCAUAAAAGUGACAAAGUCCUCAUUCAAAAGCCACAGAUUAAUGUACCUCAAAGUGUUUAUACAGGAGAUAAACCCUAUAUAUGUACUCAGUGUGGGAAGGCCUUUACUCUCAAGUCAAACCUCAUUACACAUCAGAAAAUUCAUACAGGGCAGAAACCCUAUAAAUGCAGUGAAUGUGGAAAAGCCUUUUUCCACAGAUCAUAUCUCUUUAGACAUAUGAGAAUUCAUACAGGAGAAAAACCGUAUGAAUGCAGUGAAUGUGGAAGAGGCUUCUCCCAGAAUUCAGACCUUAAUAUACAUCAGAAAACUCAUACCGGAGAGAAACACUAUGCAUGCAGUGAAUGUGGGAAAGCGUUCACAAGAAAAUCAGCACUUAGAAUGCAUCAGAGAAUUCACACAGGAGAGAAACCCUAUGUAUGUACCGAAUGUGGGAAGGCCUUCAUCCAGAAAUCACAUUUCAAUACACAUCAGAGAAUCCAUACCGGUGAAAAACCUUAUGAAUGCAGUGAGUGUGGAAAAUCGUUCACUAAGAAGUCACAACUCCAUGUGCAUCAAAGAAUUCACACAGGAGAAAAACCCUAUAUAUGUACAGAAUGCGGAAAGGUCUUUACUCAUAGGACAAACCUCACUACACAUCAGAAAACUCAUACUGGAGAGAAACCCUAUAUGUGUGCUGAAUGUGGAAAGGCUUUCAGUGACCAGUCAAAUCUCAUUAAACACCAGAAAACUCAUACUGGAGAGAAACCCUAUAAAUGCAAUGGCUGUGGAAAAGCCUUCAUAUGGAAGUCACGCCUCAAAAUACAUCAGAAAUCUCAUAUUGGAGAGAGACACUAUGAAUGCAAUGAAUGUGGGAAAGCCUUUAUCCAAAAAUCAACACUAAGUGUACAUCAGAGAAUCCAUACAGGAGAGAAACCCUACGUUUGUCCUGAAUGUGGGAAGGCCUUCAUCCAGAAAUCACACUUCAUUGCACAUCAUAGAAUUCAUACUGGAGAGAAGCCUUAUGAAUGCAGUGACUGUGGGAAAUGUUUUACUAAGAAGUCACAACUCCGUGUACAUCAGAAGAUUCACACAGGAGAGAAACCCAAUAUAUGUGCUGAAUGUGGAAAGGCCUUCACUGACAGGUCAAAUCUUAUAACACACCAGAAAAUCCAUACUAGAGAGAAACCCUAUAAAUGCAGUGACUGUGGAAAAACCUUUACCUGGAAGUCCCGCCUCACCAUCCAUCAGAAAUCUCAUACUGGAGAAAGACACUAUGAAUGCAAUAAAUGUGGAAAAGCCUUCAUCCAGAAAGCAACAUUAAGUAUGCAUCAGAUUAUUCAUACAGGAAAGAAACCCUAUGCUUGUACAGAAUGUCAGAAGGCCUUCACUGACAGAUCAAAUCUCAUUAAACACCAGAAAACUCAUAGUGGAGAAAAAUUAUAAAGCCAUUAGCUGAAAAAGCCUUCAGCUGGAACUCACAACUGGGUAUGCAUCAGAUGUCUCGUAGUGGGGAAGGGGGUGCCGGAUGCUGCAAUCACUGUGCAGGGGGAAAUAGGUAUGUUAUGGCAAACUACAGCUUAAGUGAACAGAAGGCAAACAAAGCCAAGUAGCAUCCUUCAGUCAAUUGGAAAAAAAAGUACCUGCAUCACCACAGUUGACAUGCAAUUAUAUGCAUAGGGAGACACUGAUAAGGCAUUUGAGCAAUAGUCCUGUUUGGUUGCAUGAUUCACACAGAGACCCUCAAGCUCUUACAAAUGGUAGAGAUAGAGACCCCAGAGGAUGACUUGUAAUCUCUGUUUCACUUUUUAGAUAAAGGACUCUAUAAAUUCAGCACUGAUUUGUUCUUCAUACCCUGGGAUGUCAAAGUCCUCAAUAUUUUGGCCACCUUUUUUUUCCUUCAAAUUUCUAGGGUGGGGAGAAGAGUUUUCAUUGUCCAAACACCUGCAGAGCAACAAAGUCAAGGCAAAAACCUAUUCAGGAAUGCAGAUCUGUGAGUAGAAGCCAGAAGUUUUUGUGAUCAUUGACAUUUAAGAUACAGAAAAGAUUGCCAUGAGGAACUAUUCUUUCUUUUCCCUUCACCACAAUAUAUUUUUAAAAAAUGAAAUUGAAUUUUUAAACUUGAAGUAUCACUUUAAGUUUAAAAUGACUUUAUGCAUUGGCAAAUCAGACAUAACUGAUAGCCAUAGCCGAUGUUACAGGAAUAAUACAGUUAUUAAACCUUACAGACAUCUAAGGGUGGCAGUUGUUCCCUCAUUAAUUACAAGCUGUGGCAGCAGGUGAUUCACAUUCAAAAAAGGUUUGCAGGGAUCCCUGGGUGGCGCAGCGGUUUGGCGCCUGCCUUUGGCCCAGGGCACGAUCCUGGAGACCCGGGAUUGAAUCCCACGUCGGGCUCCCAGUGCAUGGAGCCUGCUUCUCCCUCUGCCUAUGUCUCUGCCUCUCUGUGUGUGUGUGUGUGACUAUCAUAAAUAAAUAAAAAUUUAAAAAAAGGUUUGCAUACCUUCUAACCUGUACCCCAAAGCUAUUAUUUAUGUAAGCUGAACACCAUAGACUUAUUAUCCCCUUUGUAACUAACCCUAAAACAAUGGAACUGAGCCACAACACACUGGACUUCUGGUCUCAUCCACUGAAGCUUCUGCUUUCCUUGGGAUUCCUUUUUGAAAAGGAGUGGUUGAUAAAUUGGAUUUCAAUACAUAACAUUUUGAUUUUGGUUUUCUUUCAA